CUCCAGGCCUCCCAGUACCGUCUCUCGGCGGCGGCGGCGGCAGCGGCCAAGGCACCAUGGCCGACGAUGGAGGCCCUGAGGAGGCACUCAGUCCGCGGGGCUCCCCGAGCCGGGCGCCGCGGGCUCAGCGUGCGGUCGGGGCGGGCGGCGGCGGCGGCGGCGGCGGCGGGGAGACCCCGCGGACAGCGGCGCUGGCGCUGCGCUUCGACAAGCCCAUCAAGCAGGCCUUCUACAACACCGGGGCCGUGCUGUUCGUGUGUCUGUGCUGCGGCGCCGCCGUGCUGGUCUACUUCAUCCUGGAGGCCUUCCUGCGCCCGCUGCUCUGGGCGGUGCUGUGCGGCACCUUCCUGCACCCCUUCAAGAGCUCGCUGACGCGCCUGGGGCGCCACUGGCUGCAGCGCCUGCACCGCGCGCACACGCCCAUCGUGCUGGCCGCGCUGCUGCUGCCCAUCUGCUUCGCGGACUACGGCGUGGAGGCCCUGGGCGAGCAGGCGCUGCGCCGCCGCCGCCUGCUGGUGCUGCUGGGCGCCGGCGGCCCGCUCCUUUACGGCCUCUACAGCCUGGGCAGCUACCUGGGCGUGCAGGUGCUGCUGGCGCACGCGGGCGCGCUCAUCUGCCGCGGGCUGGACUACUUCAACAGCCUGUGGAUCUGGACCUUGGUAGUUGGCUAUGUGUUGGCUGUUUCAUUCAAGUGGAAUGCAAGCACUGAACGCUACUUGAGAGCAAUGUCAAUUCCUGUCUGGAUUAUAUUGCUUUUUCAUUUAGCAUCCUUGGCUGGCUCAUGGAGAAUUCCAGUAUUCCUGGUUAUUGUUUUCCUGAUGUCUGUGGGCACCCUCUAUGAAAAACAGAAUGGAAAAGAGUCUUCUGGAGCAGAGCUGCCGGGACAAGUCAUCUCUAUGGCAGCUUCUACUCUGGCAACCUUGGCCAUCUCCAUCACGGGCUAUGAAUCGAGCUCUGAGGACCACACCUCCACCCAGCCUGCAGGGACAGAAACCAUGGACAGAGGAGAACCCCCUCCAACACUGGCCUCAGCUUCUUCACCCGCCUCCCCUUCACCCACCCUGGGCAGACAGAGACCUGAAGUUGGCACGUUUCUUAGGAAGAAGAAAACUAGUGACAUCUACUUCGUGUCUCUCCUUUGGGCCAUCGUCGGAGUCCAGAUCUGGUCCAACCUGUGGAUUGUACAGUUGCUGCCCGUGCCUAUUGCAGUCUGGGUCCUCAAAAAGCUUGUUAUUCACUUUGGCGUUGUGAACUUCCUGGAGAAGCGCGGCGCUGUGUGGUGGCAGGUGAUAGAGCACUUCCUGAAGGAGCGGCAGGAAGCCCUGGCCCCGUGGCCAAUUAUCGGGCUCGGAAAAUUCUUGUUAAAAGUUGAUAGCAAGCUCUGGCACUGGCUAAAUAAGAAGAUGAUCAUCUGGUUGGAGAAGAUGUUAGACAAAAUAAUUAGCAUUUUCAUCAUAUUUUUGUUAGUGAUAGGAACACUUCUUUUAGCCCUACUCCUGACUGCAAAGGUACAUCAAGAGAGUGUACACAUGAUUGAAGUCACAAGCAAUUUGAUUAAUGAAACUCUAGCAAAUCAUCCUGAGUGGGCAAAUUGGCUUCCUGAGGCUCAGGUUGUCCAAAGAGCCCUUAAUUCUGCAGCCAACAACGUGUAUCAGUAUGGACGAGAAUGGAUAACCCACAAGCUUCAUAAAAUUCUGGGAGAUAAGGUGAAUAAUACGGCCGUAAUUGAAAAACAAGUACUAGAACUUUGGGAUAGGCUGUAUCAUUCUUGGUUUGUAAAGAACGUAUCACACUCUGGAAGGCACAGAGGACACAAGCUGCACAUAAGUCGUCAGAAUAGCUGGCUGGGGGACAUUCUCGACUGGCAGGAUAUCGCUUCCUUUGUCCAUGAGAACAUUGAGACCUUUCUUUCGAUCUUAGAGUCUCUGUGGAUCGUCAUGAGCCGGAACGUGAGCCUGCUCUUCACCACCGUCACCACGCUCCUGACCAUCCUCUUCUACAGCGGGACUGCCCUCCUCAACUUUGUCCUGUCGCUGAUAAUUUUCCUGACCACACUAUUUUAUCUGUUAAGUUCCAGUGAUGAGUACUACAAGCCCGUGAAGUGGGUGAUAAGCCUGACACCACUAUCUCAGCCAGGCCCUUCUUCUAAUAUUAUUGGCCAGUCUGUGGAAGAAGCUAUCAGAGGGGUGUUUGAUGCUUCCCUCAAAAUGGCUGGCUUCUAUGGAUUAUAUACCUGGCUGACUCAUACUAUAUUUGGCAUCAAUAUUGUCUUCAUACCAUCAGCCUUAGCAGCAAUCCUUGGAGCAGUGCCAUUUCUGGGCACAUACUGGGCAGCAGUACCUGCAGUUCUUGAUCUGUGGCUCACCCAAGGCUUAGGAUGCAAAGCCAUCUUACUGUUGGUUUUUCAUCUCUUGCCAACCUACUUUGUAGAUACUGCCAUCUACUCUGAUAUAUCAGGAGGUGGCCAUCCUUACUUGACGGGCCUGGCAGUGGCUGGUGGAGCGUACUACCUGGGCCUGGAAGGAGCGAUCAUUGGGCCCAUACUUCUCUGCAUACUCGUGGUUGCUUCCAAUAUCUACAGUGCCAUGCUAGUGAGUCCCACGAACUCUGUGCCCACACCCAACCAGGCCCCGUGGCCUGCUCAGACUCAGCGGACUUUCCGUGACAUUUCUGAAGACCUGAAACCUUCGGUAGACUGACUUGGUUUCCAACCCCAGUGAUUUCUCUGAGGAAAUUCAGCCUUGACUGUGAGUUCAGCUCAGCUGUGGCCUCCUGUCUUUUCAGCGGUGCCUGGCAGACAGACCCCAGGACGAGACGCAGGAGCCUCCGGGCCUUCGGUACCGGAUGCCUGGACAGCAGAGGCCUGGCUGUGGGCGCCUUGCAUUUGGAAGCACAGCUUUAGAGCUCUGAAAUGUGGUUUACUCACUUAAGUGUUGCUAAGAUGGCUUGAAAAGUUUCCGUUUAUACACUGGUAUUGUGGCUUGAAAUUUUCCCACUUUGGUUAUCUAUAUUAUAAUACAUAUUUAUAACUUUUUUUUUUUUUAAGAGCCGUAAACUACCUGCUGUAUAUAGUGUGAUUUUCUCCUCUUUUAAGAAAUCUGUCCUUAAACUUUUCUACGACAGUCACUUUUCAAUGAAGAGGGCUUUCACUUUGGAGAAGGUAGUUGCUUGAGCAGGAAAAAAAUGAGUCUUCUCCCUUCUUCCACAAUGUAUGGUCCUCUCAUAAGAAAGAUCAAGUCUUCAGUGUAAGGGUGGGUAGCUUAUUUGAAGUUCAGUUAGUUGUAUGUUGCAGCCAUAGAAGAAGAAAGACUGAAGCCCUCCCUCCCCUUCUCCCUCCACCCCUUAUCACUCUAUUGCCAAAUUUCUAAAACUUGGCUGACCACACUGACAUUAAUUAAGUAUUAAGCUGCUAUUAAUGGUAACAAUAUGAUAGAAUUCAUGUUGUGAUUUUUUUUUUUUCUUUCCAAAUGUUUUAAGUAAAAAAAAUCUCAGGGGCAGCAGUGUUCUGAUUUGUUAAAUGUCUCUGUUUUACUAUUUAGAUUUUGGCCAAUUAGUUACUUACUAGCGUAAAAUUUUGUAUCUGUGCAGUAUUUUCCCAUCAUUUAGCACAGUGCCUUGCACACAGACUCUAGAUGAAUGCUUGUUGAAUUAAAUUGUGACUUUUAAAAUAUCUCAGAUAUCACAAUAACCAGCAUACUGCUCUACAUUUUACAAAAUCUUUUCGCACGUAUUAUUUCACAAUCACUUCACAUCAGCAUUCAUUCAGCUUCACAUUAUUUUAUGUUUCACACAGAUGGGGAAGCUAAAGUUCAGAAAAGUGACCAAGUCUCCAAGUCAUGAGGUUUAGUAAAAUUUGACCUCAGAUCUUCCUGACUCAACAGUCUGCCAACCUUGCUAUACUCCAGUGACUCUCUUAGUAUCUUAGCACAGUUUUUCCAGUGCUUUGAGGUAGAAUCAUGUCCUGUUCUAUUGCAUAGGCUACAGUUAAUGACAGGCAGGGCCAGGACGUCAGAACCCAGCUUUCCCUUUGCGCCCUUUCUCCUUUGUAAAACAACCUUCAGCCUCUUUCUCUGUCCCCAAGGGAGUAUUCAGUAUGGAGAGGAUUCUUAAGUAACAAAGAUUUCCUUUUUGGAAAAACAUUUAAAAGUAGAAAUCCUUUUUUCUAAAACUUUAUUUUCUCAUUAAGAAGCAUAAUUAAUGAUAAUUACAUUAAAUUUAUUCUGAUAUUAAGAAAAACUUGCUCUAGAAAAGAGGCUACUGCGAGGUCUUUGUUUAUACAAUAAACUAUAUGCAGAUCUCUUAUAUUUCCUAUGAAUCCUUCAACAGUUACAGUCAGAUAUUCCACCAAGUGCUACAUUUGGCAUUAAUUAACUCAUUCUUUUCUUUAAUCACUUGUUCAGUCAUUCAUUCUUUAAAGCAUUGGUUGGGAGUUUCCCAAACUCUGGGUUCCAUACUGGGCACUGUACAGAGUGUUGUAGGGGCUAACUCAUAAGAAGGCCUUCUCUUUAACUCAUAAGAAGGCCUUGAAUCUUAGCCAGAUUAUGUGUAUUGCUAAAAUUAAAAAUGUUGCAUUAAAAGUUUUAAGAAAGAAGUCAGGUUUGUUUUUGCUAAUGAUAAAAUGAUAAGUUUAUAGCUGUGAUUAGCACAUAUUUAUAAGAGGCAAAUAUUAUGCAUAAUGAGUUAGUGUGCAUAUACAGAUUAUGUUCCUCCAAAGUGUUUUUAGCUGUAUAAAGUGAAAUGGUGAACAUAUAAACUUGAGGUAAUAUAUGGUUCUUCCUGGUCAUAAUUAUUAGUAUGAAUACUAGGUCUUUAGAGGGGGACCCUGAGCCCUAAGAGAACGGUUUAGAGCUGUCAAAAUUGGUUCUGAUGUAGUAUCACCCUGAAAUAUCAAGAGCAGAGGUGCCCCAGACUACUACCCAGUCACAUCAGGAAACUUGAGCUGCCCCAGUGCUCCAGCAAGACGAUCUCAGGAUUUGACCCAGAAAGAGAAAGAGUUUUUAGUUUCCCUAAAAACAGACAAUUGAUGAAGUAGAAGUAGCUUCAGUAAAAGCUAAGUACCGAAAUCCUAUCACAGUGUUCUAUCACUGUGAUAGAACACAUUUUAUCACUUUAUUAAAGAGAAGUUUGAAGGUCACAUUCACUACUCAGCUGUAAGCUGAAUGGAGGGGAAAAAAGCUCCCCACACAGUAUGCUCCUCUCUUUUCCGAGAGAGAAUGGGGCAUAGAAUUUUCAGCAUAAACCCAUGCCAUGUAAGUCCAGCGUCAGUU